ACAUUGAGUAUAGUUUAGUGACCACUAUGAAAUUCCUAGUCCUGACUCUUGUUCAACGGAAGUGACUCGGACUUUGGGGCGUGUUUGACGAACGACCCUUUAGUUCCCAGAGUCGGAAUGUGGUAGUUGGUUCAGACUUCAGGCGACGGAGAAAGAAGAAGAAGGAAAAUUUCCGGAGCGCGGUGGCGCGGUUGUCGUCGGGCGUGGGGAAGGAAAGGAAUCCCAACAUCUAAGAAGGUAACAGUAGUCUGCAAUUAGGGGUUUUGGUGGAGAAGAAGCAACCUUGGGGGAAUCUUUUGCCGCGCCCUGCUUCUUUUGGGGCGUUUGAGGAUUUCCUCUUCGGCUCUUCCUUCAACCCCUCCAUCAGUUCUAUGUAUUAAACCCAAAUCACUCCUCCUUCCUCUUCCCUCUCCAACUCCAACAUCACAUCUCCGCCGCCGCCUCCGCCGCCGUACCUCCGGACCCGAUCCGACCUGCCCAUAUGAAACCCCUCCGCCCCUUUUCCUACCUCCUAUGCAUCUUCUCGUUCCUAAUCGCUGCAAGUGCAGUGCUCUGCUCCGCCGCUGCUGCCGACGGCGUAACGGCGGUGGUUCUUCCAUCAGCAGCAGCUCCACCGUGGGCGGUUGACUUCAGUCAUCGGUCUCCAUCUGCCCGCUCUCUCAAAUCCUUCUCCUCGGAAUCGGAGGAUGAUUCUUCUUCUCCGGCUGAAUUAGUUGCUCUGCUUAACGGCACUAUUUGUCUCGAAGAUCCCAUCUCCGGGAAGGUUCUAUGGUCCUUCUCAUCUGGCUCUCCGAUCUACUCUUCCUAUCAAUCCCCUUUUCUGGGCCAAGCCGCCGGCGAUCAAGACAACAGCAUUUUUGGACCCAAUUCUGCUUUCUUCCUUGACUAUGGAGACGACUGGCAGCUCUACGCCCACGGCAAACAUUCUACCCGAAUGAAACUUCCCAAGGGUAUCGACGACUUCAUUAAGAUAACACCGCAUAUUUCCGAGGAUGGAACUGUAAUCCUGGGCUCCAAGAAAACCACUGUGUUUGCUCUUGAGGCCAAGAGUGGGAACUUAGUUCGAACUUACAGCUCCCCUGAUUCGUUACCACCACAUCAGAGAUAUGGUGGUGGUGAUGUGGAGAACAGUAAUGUCCGACCAGCAUCUAGCUCCAAAGAUGCUGCUGUUGACAUGAUUUACGUCACGAGGACAGAUUAUGCGCUGGAAACUUUUGGUCCCAAUUCGGAUAAGGUAUUUUGGAAUGUGGAAGUGGCAACUGUGGAGGCUGCUUUUAUUUGUAAGUAUGAUGCUGCAGUUGGGGACGGUGAUUCUGUUGACACGUCGGAUUUGCUUUGUCAAUCAAAGCGGCUGGUAGUUCGAAGGCAGGAUAAGCCGCCUCAAGCUUCAAUCCCAGCUAUUGAUGGUGAAGAGAAGCUAAUGCUUCCUAGUCCUAAAUCUGGCUUUGCUUCUCCUACACAAUCUGAAGGGUACAAGGUGUCAGAUCUUGUUGCUGAUUCUGAAGAUACAGAAGGAAUGCUUGGUUUGUCAAAUGAUCCUGGGGAAAUUGUGCAGGAGGAAAUACGAGUGCUCCACAGAUUCAAGUGGUCAAAGUUUAUAUUUUUCGGUUUGUUUGCUAUCACCUUUUCAUUGGCCUUUGUGUUUUACCACCGUACGCUGCUGGCAACUGAGAAAGUAUCGUUGAAAGGUCAUUCUUUGUCUUCUAAAAAGAAGAGGAAUAGAAGAUUGGGGAAAAAGACUAACAGCGAUGCAGAUGUUAAUGAGGAUGGUAACAGAAUGUGGUUGAAUCUUAAUCAACUUACUGAUGAUCAUGAUGUGAAUGGGCGUAGAAUAGGUAAGUUAUAUGUAUCAGAUACUGAGAUUGCUAAGGGAAGUAAUGGAACCAUAGUGCUCGAGGGUAUUUAUGAAGGCAGGAGGGUUGCUGUUAAAAGGCUUGUCCAGGCUCAUCAUGAUGUGGCGUUCAAAGAAGUUCAGAAUCUCAUUGCAUCAGAUAGGCAUCCAAACAUUGUUCGAUGGUAUGGUGUGGAGUAUGAUAAGGAUUUUGUUUAUCUGUCACUGGAACGGUGUACCUGCAGCUUGAAUGAUUUGGUCCAGAUGUACUCCCGAUCUUCACCUUCCUCUGCGAAAGAACCAGCUAGGGUAGCUGCAAAAAAUAAUUCAGUGUUGGUUUCAGUUGCGACUGCUAUGAAGGACCUCAAUUUGUGGAAAGAAAAUGGUCAUCCAUCAGCUCUUCUCUUGGCACUCAUGAGGGAUAUGGUAUCUGGACUUGCACAUUUGCAUGAGCUAGGAAUAAUUCACAGGGACUUGAAGCCGCAAAAUGUAUUGAUAAGCAAGGAAAGAUCUUUGUGUGCAAAGCUUUCUGACAUGGGCAUAAGUAAGCGGCUGCUAGAAGAUAUGUCUUCGUUGGGCCAUCAAGCAACUGGAUGCGGUAGCUCAGGUUGGCAAGCGCCUGAACAGCUUCUCCAUGGCCGCCAAACACGUUCAGUGGAUUUAUUCGGCUUAGGCUGCGUCUUCUUUUUCUGCAUCACUGGUGGUAGACACCCGUUCGGCGAACCACUCGAACGUGAUAUCAAUAUAGUGAAGAACCAAAUCAAUCUAUACUUGUUAGAGCAUCUCCCGGAGGCUGAGAAUCUUAUUUCCAGUUUAUUAAACCCUGAACCUGAACUUAGACCAAAGGCGCACGAAGUUCUGCAGCAUCCCAUGUUCUGGAGUUCUGAGACGAGACUUUCAUUUCUACGAGACACCAGUGACAGGGUGGAACUAGAAGAUCGAGAGAGCAAUUCCGAUCUUUUGGCAGCAUUGGAGAGCGUUGCACCGACGGUGCUGGGAGGCGGAAAAUGGGAUGAGAAGAUGGAGCCCUCGUUCAUUAACAACGUCGGCCGUUAUCGUCGGUAUAAGUAUGACAGUGUGAGGGACUUGCUGCGCCUCAUGCGCAACAAGCUGAAUCACUACAGAGAGCUCCCUGAAGAAAUCCAGGAGGUAGUUGGACCAGUUCCAGACGGCUAUGAUGGGUAUUUCGCCACUCGAUUCCCAAAGCUGUUGAUCGAAGUUUACCAAGUUGCUCGGAGAUACCUUGCAGAAGAGGAAUGCUUUCGCAAGUACUUCGGAAUGGUUUGAUUUGGAUUUCGAGGCGCUCUGUAGCUGCCAUGGAGCCUGGAAGCAGCAUGUGAUUAUAUUAUAGGUACUGUAAAUAAGAUCUGUAAGACUUCUAAUGAUACUGUAAUCAUAUUUCAAGCAACUUCAUCUAAUAUAAUU